AUGUUAACUGUUUCACCAUUGAAUCAUUGUACCAGUAAGAAGCAGAUAAUGAUGCCAGAACAGAGUGCAGCGACUUCCCUCAUCGACAGGACCAUCAAGAUGAGGAAGGAGACUGAAGCCCGGAAAGUGGUCUUGGCCUGGGGACUCCUGAAUGUGUCUGUUGCGGGCAUGAUAUAUACUGAAAUGACUGGCAAACUCAUAAGCUCAUAUUACAACAUCACAUACUGGCCACUCUGGUAUAUUGAACUCGCAUUUGCAUCUUUGUUCAGCCUGAAUGCCUUAUUUGAUUUCUGGAGGUACUUCAAAUACACGGUGGCACCAACGAGCUUGGUCAUGAGUCCUGGCCAGCAGACCCUCCUGGGGUUGCGGAAUGCAGUGGUACAAACAACUCCACCACGUGAACUGGCAGCAAAGAAAGUCCCAUCUUCGACACCUUCUCCUCCGAUCCAGGGUCAAAGUGUGCUAAGUUACAGCCCGUCCCGCUCUCCCAGUGCCAGUCCAAAGUUUACUCCCAGUUGUAUCGCAGGGUACAGCCCUCAGCUACAGCCUCUGUCAAGCGACAGCACUUCUUACAGCAGUGCUGUAACCUACUCACCGAGCAGCAGCUACAAUAUGGCUUCCAGCUUCAGCCCCUCUCCCACUGGGUCACCGUACCCCACAAGUAUUGGGCCAUUGGAAAGCGGUGGGCUGAGGUCUCGUUACCGCCCUUCACCCAUUCCAUAUAAUUCUCCUACUGGCAAGGAAGACUACAUGACAGACCUCAAGUUGCUAGACACCUUCCUUCGAAAUGAGGAAGAGAAACAGCACAGGGUUCAACUGGGAAGUUCAGAUUCCAGCUCUCCUUCCAGCAGCCCAACUUUUUGGAACUACAGCCGUUCCAUGACAGACUGCGCCCAGAUGCUGAGGAAGUUCCAGUAUCAGCUGGCUUGCAGGUCCCAAGCUCCAUCAGCGCACAAGGACGAAGCUGAUCUGAGCUCGAAACAGGCUGCAGAAGAGGUUUGGGCACGGGUGACAAUGAACCGACAGCUCCUUGACCACAUGGAUUCCUGGACCGCCGCCAAGUUCAGAAAUUGGAUUAAUGAGACUAUCCUAGUGCCACUUGUCCAAGAGAUCGAGUCUGUGAGCACUCAGCUGAGAAGAAUGGGGUGUCCAGAACUGCAGAUCGGAGAAGCCAGCAUCAGCAGCCUGAAGCAGGCAGCGCUCGUUAAAGCUCCACUCAUCCCAACCCUGAACGCUAUAGUGCAGUACUUGGAUCUCACACCCAACCAGGAGUAUUUGGUCGAAAGGAUCAAAGAGCUUUCACAGGGAGGAUGCAUGAGUUCAUUCCGAUGGAACAGAGGGGGGGAUUUCAAAGGCCGCAAGUGGGACACCGACUUGCCCACUGACUCCUCCAUCAUCAUGCACGUGUUCUGCACUUACCUCGACUCCAGGCUGCCGCCUCACCCCAAGUAUCCCGACGGCAAAACCUUCACUUCCCAACACUUUGUUCAGACGCCGGAUAAGCCAGACACUUCGAAUGAAAACGUGUUUUGCAUCUACCAGAGCAGCAUCAAUCCGCCCCACUACGAGCUGAUCUACCAGCGCCACGUCUACAACCUGCCCAAGGGCAGAAACAACAUGUUCCACACCUUGCUGAUGUUUCUGUAUAUCAUAAAGACGAAAGAAUCCGGGAUGCUGGGGCGUGUCAAUCUUGGCUUGUCGGGAGUCAACGUCCUGUGGAUUUUUGGCGAGUGA